AUGGGCGCUUGUGUUGGCAAAAACUCGCACCUAAAACAUGGCAAACACGAACCCUACCUCCCGGUGCCGGUCAAACACCGUAAUUAUAACAACAACAAUACAAAUCAUAUGAUCGCCAAAUUCCGGGAAUCGCAAACUGACCGGACGUUACCAAAAAUAUACCGGUUAUCCUACCUGAGCAGGCAAGAUUUUGACCCUAGAUCAUUUGAUUUCACCGACGAACUGUGCCAACACAUACUGGGCUACUUGUCACUGGAGGACAGGCUCAGGUUAGAGUGUGUGUGCAUUCAAUGGCAACGAUUGAUAUUCAAUGGUGUACAGGAGCUACACUACCCGCUACCCCGCGGGCUAUGCCCCGCGGUUCAGGGUAUGGCCGAUAAACAGUGGCUAUGGGUGUCGAGGCAGGUGCUCAGAAAGUGUCACGAAUUGACCAAGAUAAAUUUGGUUCCCACGGCGGAUACUGAUGUGUUGUCAGUGUUGGCCAAACACUGUCACCGAUUGGAGGAGAUUGAGUGGCGCUUUGAUAAUCUGAGACCAGUCCGGAGGGAAGUGCUGAGCAAACUGUGCGACGAGUGCGCCGACAGUCUGACCAAAGUUAGAAUAAAGGAGUUGUGCGAACGCGAGUUUAAUUCUGAGUCUGGCCUAUCCAUAUUAAUCGUGUACAGCGAGUACCUCUCAAACGUCACACACGUUUCGGUUGCCUUGGAUUCGGACAAAUGCCUCAAAUACUUUCAACUCUUUGCCGACAUAUACAGCGAGCGAAUCGCUGAAUUGGAAUUGCAGCUAAAAUUCAGCUCCGAGUACUGCCUCGUGGGCGACACAUUCGCCUACGUAUCCCUAUUCCGCCGGCUACGAGCCCUACACCUUACGUUAGAGUCUGUUUCUAACGGGCAAACUCUAGACGUAGAGCUGUCAGCGGGUGCUCAACUACUAGCUACACAGUGCCCGCUGUUGACUAGGGUGACCAUCGAGCUCCGCGACAAUAUCCGGGUGACGGGCGAUCAACCAGUGCUGGCCAGCCUAUCGUCGCUCACUAACCUGCAGGCACUGGAGGUCCGGAUACGGACGGACGGAAUAGAGUUGGGCACACUGGACGCGUUGAAACCCAUGGUAAAACUACACCAACUUUCGCUCACAUACGGGGCACUCACCGAUUGGCACACACGUGACAUAGCGGACAGUUGCGCCCAACUCAGCCGACUUACCCUCAAAACAGGGCAGCGCCUGUCGGAUGAAACCUUAUAUUCUGUGUCCCGUUUGCCGCGACUCAAGGAUUUCCGCCUCUACUGUCAACCCUAUGUCACGCAAGACAUUGGCGACGCCGGCGUGUGUCAUAUGGUGGCCAACUGUCACCGAUUACAGCACAUGGCGCUUGAGUGUGGCGUGAAAUGUAGCGAGGUGACAUUUUUGGCACUCAUAGGCUGGGCUAAUAAACGCAAACACCUUAGCCAUAGGUUUAGUUUUUCGUGGGAAAGGCCUGACGAGUGCAACACUAGUCGCGAUCCCAACGCCAGACUCCCGGCUCACGAGUUAUGGCCCGAUUUGUUACGGUUGCCCCAAAAUUUGACCGUGGUGUGUCGCGAGUAUUUUGUGGGUAAAUGCGGUACCGGUAUGGCUACGGCUAUUGAACGCUAUCGCCGCCUAUUUAAGUGGUCGGCACCGGUAGCUAAUGGUGUUGUUGUGGGCGCUGAUCAGUUGGACAGCCGGUGUAUUAAUCGGGAAAGUGUGCGCAGUGUUGGUCACACUAACCCGCAGACACCGCCCGUGUAUUAUAAGUUUGCCCGCUAUCCAGAUGUUGUGCCCCAACCGUUAUAA